AGCCCGGUCAGUUUUUCGUCUGGUUAGCACAGCAGGGAGAAGGAAAGGAAACGCAAGCCUGACCCUGGCUCAGGUUGUGGAGCUGGGCUUGUUGGUCAUAUGCAGCUGACUCGCUAUCGGGAAAAAGCACUAUUCUCAGAAACGAAAGAGAAAGCAGAUAAGUAUCUCUGCACGUGACAAAACAGGCUGUGACACCAGCCAGCACGGGACCGGCAGCAGCCACAGAACCGCUUGGCUCCUAGAACGACACCGCAUUCCUCUCCAGCGCCUGUUUCAGCUCCACACCCACCCAAAUGGGCAGCCCAUUCAGAAAAAUGGGCGUCCUCCAUGUGACCUUCCAGUCUCUCCAGAAGCCUUUUGAGAAGAAGCCCUCCAAGGGAGGCUACAAGAAGUGAGGGGAAAGUGACCAGAGGAAGUGGACAGUGUGAAGCAGAAACCUGCAGGACGGCACUAGAGGACAGUACACAUUCUGGGGAGAGUCGGUUUGCCAACCAGUCUGAGAGAGGAGUAAGGUGGAUGGCAGUCACAGUGAGACCAUGAUGCAAAGGACGUGUGGAGCUGAGUCAUACUCUCCUCCCAGUACUGGUCCACACAUGGGACACCAUUAAGCCACCUUUGCUGUGACCAGAAGUGCACCAAAUGCACCCUCCUCAACCCAGUAACACAUGUGCAGCACGGUCCUAGGCAGGACUGAGAUACUCCUGUUCCAUUUGCAAGGGGAGACCCUAGACCCCAGCCAUAAGGCUCAGAGCCCAUCUUGGGCAGGGUACCUUAAAAGGCAACAACUGAGGGGUUCCCCCUUCAUGUUUUGCAACAGGCAUCCCCACAGCAGCUUUUACCAUGGUAUCAAGAAUGCAUGCAGGCACCAGGAUGGGUCGGCUGCAACAGAGGCGCACCAAGAACCUGCUCCAUGUGCUGUCUUUACUGGAGGCUGUUGGGAACUUGGCCUUGAUGGCCUACGCACUGCUGUACGAAGCCGGAAACCUGGUGAGCCUCCCUGACAAACGCAUUGGCUUUUACAACUUCUGCCUGUGGAAUGAUACAGCUGGGGAGCUGCAGUGCCUGGACACCAAGCAUCUACAGGCAAUGGGCAUCAGUCUACUACAACUGGGACUAGCGAGGGUUUGUGUGUAUACCUGUCUGGUCUUCAUCCUCUUCCACCUCCCUUUUGUUUUACAUGUGAAUUGCACAGGGCAGAGAGAAGGAUGGAAGAUGAUGCGCAUCAUACCCUUCAUCAAGAUGAUAAUGCUGUCUGGAGGCCUGGGUAUGUUUCUUUUACAAACCUCGCAGUGGAUUCAUCCCUCUGAUUUCACUGGAGGCUUCCUGGCACUGCUUGGGACUCAGGCUCUGCUACUGCUCCAGAUUCUCACUGCCACUGUGUACCUCCAGCUGGGCCAAGCACACACAUAGAUGUCAAAACCAUUUAACUGAGGAAGCCCUGCCCACUAAGAUUUGAUAAUGAAGAAAAUGCAAGAACUAUUUAAAACAGUGAUCCAAAUAGAGCUUUACUCCCUAGCAAAAAUCUGAUUCCCAGUCCAAAGGCUCAUGUUGAGCUAAGCUCUGGUACAAUGCUGUGUGCAGCAUUCCUGCAUCAAGCUGCAGCAGACAACAACAGCCACAGCACUGAAGGUACAACAGCAUGUAACACCCCUCAGUUUGGGGCACAGCAUCAAAGUGACAGCACUUCUGGCCUCAAAGAGCGGUGAAGGUAGCAGAACCAGCAUACAGUGGACACAGCCCUCUGCUCAUACAUAAGUAAAAAAAGUUGCUAGUAUCUCAUAGUAUGUGAUUAAAUCUGCAAUUAACUAAGAAAAUGCUUUUAAUACCUUUGCCCUACCAUAUAACAAAGAUAAAGGGAGUUUAAAAACAGGAUCUGUAGAUUAUAUUUAACUAGGAACUAACAAAUUUUCAGGAAAAUGUAACCAAACAGGUAAAUUCUUUGUAAGCAGACUGGAUAUAUAUCACUUAAAAUAAAUAAGCAGCCAAUCAACAACCAACCUUCAAGGCUGUGAAGAAAGCCAUUUAGGAUGAUAUAGAAAUAACACCAUAAAGAACCAGUUUUGGAGUUUGAAAACAAGAUAACAGACUGAGCAUGCACCAACUAAGAAAGUGCAAUAAAAGGACAAGUGAUGAAGACGAUUAAAUGACCACCAAAAACCCUUACAGGGGGUAGUAAUAACCCCUAAAGGACAUUAGAUGGCAGAAGAGACUGAAAUAGUUAACUCCGGUUUGUAUAAUUUUUCAAAAUAGGCGUUUUAUGUUAUUGAUUUUUCUGUGUAAUGAAUAUGUAACAGCCUUGUAAGUAUAAACUGCCUUAAUUCAUCCAGUGGCUGGGAGAACUCAUGUAAAUAAAAAAUGGCUGCUUAACAGUGA